AUGGCUCUAUUACGACAGCUCUUCUCGAGGGAUGACGAUCCCAACCCCGCCAAGGUCCUGCUGGAUCUAUUAUCAGACCCUUUCGCCACUCAGCUACAACAAAAGUCCGUCUUUGCUGCAUUGGGUUCGUCUGUCGGUAUCACUGCCGCUAUCGCCGUCUGCUUCUCCUUCCUGCGACCAUACAAUAGCGUUGUAUAUGCGCCCAAGUUGAAGCAUGCCGACGAGAAACAUGCCCCACCGCCGCUGGGAAAGGGGAUCUUGGCAUGGGUCGUCCCUCUCUGGUCGACCUCAGAGCAGGAUCUGGUGAACCUGGUUGGCUUGGACGCCGCGCUCUUCAUGCGCUUCACGAGGAUGUGCCGCAACGUCUUCGUCAUCCUCUCCGUGCUCGGUUGUGGCAUCCUGAUUCCAGUCAAUUGGGUCAACUUCUCUGGCGACGACGUAUGGCUCGCCAAGGUCACGCCGAGGAAUGUCUGGGGCGCUCCUCUUUGGGCUACAGUCGUCUUCGCGUGGCUACUGACUAUCAUCGUGUGCGGGUUUCUCUGGUGGAACUAUAGGAAAGUUCUACAGCUGAGGCGGCAGUAUAUGCAGAGCGCGGAGUACCAGCGGAGCCUCCAUGCCCGGACCUUGAUGUUGUACGAUAUUCCCAAGAAUAUGUGCUCUGACGAAGGAAUCGCCCGGAUCAUCGACAAAGUCGCCCCCAGUUCGUCUUUCUCGAGGACCGCCGUCGCCCGUGACGUUAAGAUCCUCCCGGAACUGAUCGACGAGCACAAUAAGACGGUGCGGAAAUUGGAAAAGGUGCUGGCUGUUUACCUCAAGGACCCGCAGAACCUGCCACCGGAACGGCCGAAAUGCUCCCCGUCCAGGAAGGACCCCUCGUACGGCACUUACCCGAAAGGACACAAGCUCGAUGCCAUUGAAUACCUCACGCAGCGCAUCAAGGUCUUGGAGCUGGAGAUCAAGGAUGUCCGGCAGCGAGUGGACAAGAGGGGGUCCAUGCCGUACGGCUUUGCCUCGUACUCGGAUAUCGCUGAAGCGCACGCUAUUGCCUACGCCUGCCGCAAGAAGAAGCCUCACGGCGCGACUGUCAAGCUCGCCCCUAGGCCGAACGACAUUAUCUGGGAGAACAUGCCGCUCAGUUCGUCAACCCGGAGCACAAGGCGGCUCUGGAACAACUUCUGGGUCGCGGUUCUCACUCUGCUGUGGAUUGCGCCGAACGCCAUGAUCGCCAUUUUCCUGGUGAACCUGGCCAACUUAGGGCAGGUGUGGCACGCCUUCCAGGUGUCCUUAUCGGCAAAUUACACGCUCUGGUCCAUCAUCCAGGGUAUCGCGUCCCCAGCGAUCACGUCGCUCGUCUACCUGAUCCUCCCCAUCAUCUUCCGGCGCUUGUCCAUCCGGGCGGGCGACCAGACCAAAACUGGACGCGAACGCCACGUCGUGGCCAAGCUGUACGCCUUCUUCGUCUUCAACAACCUCAUCAUCUUCUCCGUAUUUAGCGCCAUAUGGAGUUUUACAGCGGGCGUCGUUCAGCGGACCGAAGGAGGCACGGAUGCUUGGAAGGCCAUCCUCGACGAGAAUAUUGGCUUGACCGUCUUCGUCUCGCUCUGCCAAGGGUCCCCCUUCUGGAUUACCUGGCUUCUCCAGAGACAGCUAGGCGCUGCGGUUGACCUGGCUCAGCUAUGGACUCUCUUCUACAGCUUCAUCAUGCGGAAAUUUUCGAGUCCGACACCCCGCGAGCUGAUCGAGCUGACUGCGCCACCCCCUUUCGACUAUGCGAGCUACUACAACUAUUUCUUGUUCUACUCGACCGUCGCUCUCUGUUACGCAGCGAUCCAGCCGCUUGUGCUGCCCGCCGCAGCUUUAUACUUUUGCAUCGAUGUGGGGCUCAAGAAGUAUCUGCUGCUCUACGUCUUCGUUACCAAGACGGAGAGCGGCGGCAUGUUCUGGCGCAUCUUGUUCAACCGCUUCUUGUUUGGCUCUAUCCUCUCCCAUCUCGUCGUCUUCCUCGUCGUCUGGGUUCGGGGCGAUGCGUCACAUGUCCAAGCAUACGCCGUCGCUCCUCUCCCUUUCCUGAUGAUCGCCUUCAAGUUCUAUUGUGCGCGUGCCUUCGACGACAAGCUUCAUUAUUACACGACGCGAUACACCGGGCAACAGCGGGCCGAGGCAGGUCUGGACUUGAAGGAGCAGGGUCUGCGGAACGACCGUCUUGCUGCUCGCUUCGGCCACCCUGCACUCUACAAGCCCCUCAUCACGCCGAUGGUGCACCAGAGGGCGCAAAAUCUGCUUGCGAGCGUCUACCGAGGCCGACUGAGCGAUGGCCGGGAUGCCGGCUUGGAGGACUCUAUGACAGUCAGCGGCUACAGCGAUAGCUACGUUCUUGACAAUAUGGCGUCCGGCAAAGCCGGGAAAUCCUCCCCUUCCAUCCCCGGAUUUGAAGUGGUCCCCGAGUCCCGCCUCGAUUUUGAGUUCUACAAGAACCGUGACGAGUUCGCGGAGGACCACGGCGCCGGCGAGUUAUUCGGCCAAUAUUCAGACAUGGUUCGCCCGGGCACGCCAGGCACGAUAGGCAGCGGGUUUGGCUCCGAGGCAAACUCGAGACCCGGCACACCACUCGGAGGAAUGGGCUUUGGCGGUACCCGGAGACAGUACCCAGACUCUGGCCCCUCCUCAGCCUAUCCCCACAACUACAUGUCUCCUACGCUCCCGUCGGGCGCGUAUGCAGGGCAAGCAGCCUACUCAUCGCCCUACGAAACCUCCCACAACCGGAGUCCCAUGUACAGCCUCGGCAACGACAGCAAUAGCAACCUUGUGGCCAACGCGGCAGGUAUGCCGGUGUCACCUCCUGGCUUCCCUCGCCCCGCCAGCCCAUAUGGACCUGACGGCGGCUCAAUCCCAACUUCAGCAACCCGCGCGGGCACGAGCACACGGGCGCCCGGGAUGCUGGGCGGCGGCCCGCACGGUUACGGAGGAUUGCCACAGGAAGAGAUCGAGGCGGUGCAGUCGCCGCCAAUCGUGACGCCGCACGAUCCUAUCCAAUACGAUUACUUCCGGGGAGGCAACAGGAACAGAGAUAGGAGAGGGGAUGGGGGCGGGACACCGGGGACAGCAACGCGGAGUGGCAGCCAUAUGUGGGGUGGGAACUAGGAUUUCCCUCCGGGCACGAGGCCGCCGCUGCCCAGGAGGGUCACGGAGGUCAGGAAGGGGCACUGGGUUGGGUGAAAAGAAGGGCGAAGGUUUCAUCCGGGAGCAUAAGUAUAUCUUCGCCAGACAGGCAGAGAGAGAAGUCUGCGGGUGAGGUACGAAGAGCAAGUGGAAAGCAGAGCGACGUUGGUCUAUCUUCCCUGGGCAUUGUUCGGCGUUGGAGGCUAGAUGGU